GUUUCAGGGUGACUGAUGACUUGAAACCUGUCCCUUGCUUAGGAACUAUCUGUCGGGGGGGUCUACCCAGCAUCGUGGUAUUUCUUGGAUCUGCCUCUUCUUUUCCAGCUGCUUCUCCUCCGAUGGCUGAGGGCCCCCUGCAUCCGCUCCCUGUGCUUCAGGAUAAGGGCUUCGUGGCCGCCGCAGCAUGGUACAAGCCUGCUCGGUGUGUUCCAGGGUUCCUAGGGGCACUCUGACCGCACAGGCAGCCGGGACAGACAUGGACAAGACGGACAAGCCCAGUCCCUCUGCCAAGAAGCACGUUCGUCUUCAGGAGAGAAGGGGCUCCAACAUGUCGCUGAUGCUGGACAUGAGCUUGCUGGGCAGCGUGGAGCCCAUCCAGCCCGUCUGCACGCCGCGGGACAUCACACUCAAGUUCCUGAGGACGUCCAGCCACGUGCUGAGGAGAGAGGAGCUCCAGCAACACACCCAGAGCCUGGCACAGCUCCAGGAGGAGUUUUCGAAAAUCCCACCCAACUUUGUCAGUCCGGAGGAGCUGGAGAUCCCUGGACGUGCCUCCAAGGACAGAUACAAAACCAUCCUCCCCAAUCCUGAGAGCCGGGUCUGCCUCAGGAGGGCAGGGAACCAGGAGGAAAACAGCUACAUAAAUGCCAACUACAUCACGGGCUAUGCAGGACGGCCGCGGGAGUACAUUGCCACCCAGGGCCCCAUGCUGAACACCGUGACCGACUUCUGGGAGAUGGUGUGGCAGGAGGAGGUGCCCCUCAUCGUCAUGAUCACCGAGCUCCAGGAGCACAAAGAGAAAUGUGUCCACUACUGGCCCCAGAAGGAGGGCACCUACGGCCCCUUCACCAUCCGUGUGCAGGGGGAGAGCGAGUGUGUGGAGUACAUGGUCCGGGAUGUCUCCAUCCAGCUUGAAGGUGAAUGCCGCCAGGUCAAACACAUCCUCUUCCCUUCCUGGCCGGACCAGCAGACACCUGAGUCAGCCAAGCCCUUGCUGCACUUGGUGUCCAAGGUGGAGGAGACUCUGCAGGCUGCAGCCAGCCCAGGACCCAUCGUUGUGCACUGCAGCGCAGGCAUCGGACGGACGGGCUGCUUUAUCGCAACCAGGAUCGGGUGCCAGCAGCUGAAGGACAAGGGGGAGGUGGAUAUCCUGGGAAUUGUGUGCCGUCUCCGCAUAGACAGCACUGCUUCCGAGCCUGAAUACUCUUCAGACAACCCUGUGCCUAUUUCAACCCUGGUGCCUAUUUCAGAGAGGCGGGAUGAUCCAGACGAGCGAGCAGUACCAGUUCCUCCAUCACACACUAGCUCUCUACGCUUCCGAGCUGCUGGAGGCGGGAUGCUGCUAGCUCCCAGCAGGCUGCCAGCUCCCUGCUCUGACCUCUCCUUGCACCAGCCUUGGGGACACCUCCACCGAAACCUCUCGUGCUGCUGCCAGACCUCAGAGCAGCAGCAGGAGCAUCCCUCAGGAUGAGAAAACCCGUGGGGGCUUUGGCCUUUGGGGACGAGCAAGGUUCGACAGGUUCACAUGAGGGAUUCAGUGGGUGCUUGAGGUGGCCGUUGCUGCUGGCUCAAGGCAGAUUUCACCUAUGGAAAGAAGCUUUGGCUUUCGAAACGUGCAAUGAAGAUAUCCUCAACCAGAAGAGCAAGCUGUGCGGAGGAGCUGAAGCUGGGUGACCCAGCUUCACCCACCCCGUUAGACCCAGAGCAGGCAGAAUCACCCUGCAGAUAACCAGAGCUCCCUCCUGACUGUGCAUCGCCUGUGGGCAGGGCUGGGCUUGCUCCAAACACACCCUGAGAUGCUCUUCUUACUAAAGAUACCCCUCGAUGACUUGGUACGAAAGGUGUGCAGUUGGUUGCCUUCAUUACAAGGCUUGCUUUCCUCUCCAGCUUCAGCCAACACCUUCUCAACAGCCUUAAAGUAGGAGAGGUUCCUACAUGCAUCUUCAGUUCUGCAAAUGAUAUGUAUGUACCCAAUUGCCUUCUUACACGAGGGUGGAGGGUUUGCAUUCUUGGGGUUUUUCUGCUGGAAUCAGAACAAACUAAUAUUUGGGUUUUGUUGAGUUGUUUUUUCACUGAUAAAUUCAAGGGCGGGGAGCGGGGAAGGAAGAAGAGGGAGAAAUAUUUUGGCACAAAGCAUAGAGAUAGAACUAUUCUGUAAAAUACGUUAAAGCUAUUCAAAACCGGCCUUCAGCUGAUGGAUGCUGAGCACCCUCCGGGGCAGGGAGCACUGACAAGGAGCUGGGGGUUGCCUGCACUGUGCCUGCCUGUGCCCACAAGCCCUGACGUGACCCACUCAGUGAAUGAGAUGCAGGGAAAAAAGGGUCAAUUUAAUUGCCGAUGCUCCCCAGGCACCCCCAGAUCAGGGCUGUGGGCACGGACCCCCCUCCACCACCCUGUGGGUACCCAAAAUGCAGUCGAAUGGCUGCCCAGUGGUUUGUGCCCUAGUGCCUAGUUCAGAUCAGGCACUGAAUAAAAAGAGAAGUUUCAUUCUUAA